AAAAUGGUUCGUCUUCAAGAUGUAGUCAAAGUGUGUCUACUUUACUUUGUGGUUGCACCUAAAAUUAACGCGUUUAGAAAGUUUGAAUCUUUAAAGACAACUAUUCCUAUUGGUGUUAUCUUACCACCGAAUACAUUGGCAGAAGUUGCGUUUUCUUCGGCAUUGACGCGAGCGUCUGUUGAAAGUAAACGUUAUCACUUUACAAUGAAAGUCAUACAUAUACCUGAGGGUGAUAGCUUUGCUGCGUCUAAAGCCGCAUGCGAACUGUUAGCCGGCGGCGUUGUUGCAAUAUUCGGGCCAUCGGACGCGAACUCAGCUGCUGUGGUCGAAGCGCGCUGUAGAGCUGCGAGGGUACCUCACAUACAAGCUGUUUGGCGACCUACUCCUGCCCGAGGAAUAAAAAGACCUACACCGCCCGGAAUUAACUUGUAUCCUGAAGCAGUCGCUCUUUCAAAAGCUGUUGCGUCACACAUUAAGGAUAGUAAUUGGAACAGCUACACACUCUUUUAUGAUGAUGAUCAAGGUCUAAUAAGACUCCAAGAAAUAUUAAAACACGCAGAGCCGGGACACAAAUGGUUUGUACGUAGACUAGCACCCGGUGGGGACAAUCGACCAUUGUUCAAAGCAGUGAAGACAACCGGAGCUACGCGAGUCAUCAUCGAUUGUCCAGCAGAAAGGAUCCUUGAAUAUUUAAGACAAGCUAAUGAAGUAAAAUUUUUCGAAGACUACAUGAGUUAUGUCCUGAUGUCACUCGAUGCACAUACAUUGGAUCUAGAAGAGCUUCGGUAUGGUCUAUCAAACGUGACCUCAAUGCGUAUUGUGGAUCAUUCCGAUUCAAGAACAUUAUCAUAUUUAGCAGAUUGGAAGACGAGGGGUGGGUCUGAUGUCGAAAUACCAAAAACAACCCAGGAAAUAACAGUAGAAGCUGCACUAGCCAGCGAUGCUGCAACAUUGAUAACAGAUGCAUUUAAAACUGCACCGGAAGGAUUUACGAUAGAGCCCCAAGAACUUGAAUGUGAUUCUGAAAGUCAAUGGGAAGUUGGCGAGGAAUUCUUAGAUCACUUACUAAUGAAUCCGACAACUGGUAUCACAGAUAAAAUAGUACUGGAUAAUACCACUGGUGAACGAACUUAUUUUAAUGUCGAAAUAAUGGAACUAUCUAAUAGUGGUUUUAACAGCAUAGCAAAAUGGAAUUCCAUCACUGGUUAUAAAUAUGCGAGAACAGCGGUGGAAGUUUCAGAUUUGUUAGCUGAGAAAUGGCAAAACAAAACUUUUAGAGUAGUGUCACGAAUUGGAGCCCCAUAUUUGGUUGAAAGGACUCCUAAAGAAGGCGAAGAAUUGACUGGUAAUGAUAGAUACGAAGGUUAUUCAAAAGAUUUAAUACAUGAAAUAUUAGCGGAAUCGUUACAUCUCAAUUAUGAAAUAAUCAUAGUACCAGGAAAUCUUUACGGUUCAUACAAUAAAGAAACUAAGACCUGGGACGGUCUUAUAGGAUAUCUAUUGGAAAGGAAAGCUGAUUUAGCUAUUUGUGAUCUAACUAUAACGUACGAGCGACGAUCUUCGGUUGACUUUACAACGCCUUUUAUGACUUUGGGUAUAAGUAUUCUGUAUUCAAAACCGACACCGCCUCCUCCCGAAUUAUUUUCCUUCCUCAAACCAUUUUCCGUCGAUGUCUGGAUUUAUAUGGCAGCGGCUUAUUUAAUGGUUUCGUUACUACUUCACAUACUAGCUAGAUUAGCGCCAAAAGAUUGGGAAAAUCCUCAUCCGUGUGACAAAUCUCCGGAGGAACUGGAGAAUAUUUGGCAUAUCAAAAACUCAUGUUGGCUUACCGUUGGUUCAAUUAUGACGCAAGGUUCGGAUAUCCUACCAAAAGGAUAUUCAACAAGAUGGGUGUGCGGAAUGUGGUGGUUUUUUGCACUUAUAAUGUGCUCUUCGUAUACUGCGAACUUGGCUGCUUUCCUGACCAACGCCGCCAUGGAUGAUUCAAUAAAAAGCGCUGAAGAUUUAGCUAUGCAAACUAAAAUUAAAUAUGGUACGGUACAAGGUGGAUCGACGUAUUCAUUCUUCAAGCGUUCAAAUGUAUCAACAUUUCAAAAGAUGUGGGGAACCAUGGAAUCGACGCGACCCUCAGUCUUUGUUAAAAAUAACGACGAAGGAGUAGACAGAGUGAUAAAAAUGAAAAAGAAGUAUGCUUUCCUAAUGGAAUCAACUGCCAUUGAAUAUCAAUUAGAGCGCAACUGUGACCUCAUGCAAAUCGGUAGCACAUUGGACUCCAAAGGAUACGGCAUAGCGAUGCCAUUUGACUCAUCAUACCGCACAGCCGUUGAUAACGCAGUGCUGAAACUUGCUGAAAGUGGAAAAUUAGUUGAACUUAAAAAUCGUUGGUGGAAAGUCCCCAAGGAAAAAGCCUGCGUUGCAGAAGAAGCAGGAGAGGAGGGUGCGAGUGCUGAGGAAUUGGGCGUGGACAACGUAGGUGGCGUGUUCGUGGUGCUGGGUAUUGGUUGCGGGAUGGCCGCAGCUAUGGGGGGCUUUGAGUUUCUUUGGCAUGUUAGAGAAGUUGCAAUCGAGCAAAAGAUGUCGCAAACGGAUGCGUUUUGGGCGGAAUUGGCGUUCGCUUUAAGUUUCUGGGAAACUGAGAAGCCCGUUGUUCACUCGAGACCGUCAUCAUCCGCCUCGGGGUCUAUAGCAUCGAGGGCAUCGUCAGUACUACGCUCAGCGGUUGAUCUUUUUCACCUCGAUGUUUUUAAAUAAUUUAACACUACUGCUACUUGGGUUUCUACUUUAGUAACACUAGUAAUAUUGUCAUCUCUUAGAAAACCCGAAAUAACAAAUGUGAUAAUACAAUUCUCACGGCGAUCUGAACCUUCAGUUUCUGACUACUAUUGACAAUGUAGAUAAAUCACUGUAAAAAUUUUAUAUCAAUAAAGUCAACAUGCCUUACACGUCCAUUUCUCUUUUA